AGAGAAAGUCGGAGAUAAUUGAGCGCAGUUUUCUAUUUGGAAGUUUCUUUGACUCCCCGGGAGCAAACAAAUCGAAGUGACAACAAUGGCCUCCUUCAACAAAGGUCCCGCUUAUGGAUUAUCAGCCGAAGUGAAAAACAAGAUUGCACAGAAGUAUGACCCUCAGAAAGAAGAUGAGCUUCGGGUCUGGAUCGAGGACAUCACCGGCUGCCCCAUUGGCCCCGACUUCCAGAAAGGUCUAAAAAGUGGAGUCAUUCUGUGCGAACUUAUUAACAAACUGAAGCCAGGCUCUGUGAAAAAGAUCAACCAGUCAGCACUGAACUGGCAUCAGCUGGAGAACCUGACCAACUUCAUCAAAGCCAUCACAACGUACGGCCUGAAGCCUCACGAUAUCUUCGAAGCCAACGACCUGUUUGAGAACGGCAACAUGACGCAGGUCCAGACGACGCUGCUCGCUCUCGCCAGCAUGGCCAAGACCAAGGGCUGCCAGUCACGGGUUGACAUUGGAGUGAAGUAUGCUGACAAGCAGGAGCGGGUGUUCGACGAGGAGAAGAUGAGGGCUGGACAGUGCGUCAUCGGCCUACAGAUGGGGACCAACAAGUGUGCCAGUCAGGCGGGUAUGAAUGCAUACGGCACCAGAAGGCAUUUAUACGACCCCAAAGCUCACAUCCAGGCCCCCAUGGACAACACAACCAUCAGCCUGCAGAUGGGCACCAACAAAGGAGCGAGCCAGGCUGGUAUGACUGCUCCUGGGACGAGGCGGGCCAUCUACGACCAGAAGCUGGGCACAGACAAGUGUGACAACAGCACCAUGUCCCUACAGAUGGGCUACAGCCAGGGAGCCAAUCAGAGCGGCCAGAACUUCGGCCUGGGGCGGCAGAUCUACGACGCCAAGUACUGUCCCAAAGCUGACGAGAUGGCUGAAGGCCAGAAUGGGGCGGGCAGCGGCCACGACUACAUCCCCGACUACCAAGAUGAGAGUUACCACGUUUACCAAGAAGGAGGGCGGAUUUAUGAAGACGAUGGGACAGAUUACUGAACGGACUGAAGACGGAGGACGGAGUGAAGGUGGUGUAUGAGAUCUCAAGGCAGGCAGGCGGUGUAUUUUUAUAUGUUCUGGAUGCUGCACCUUUCUUUUAAGGUCCAUCCUUCUUUUUUUAGUAUUGAGAUCGUCUUUAGCCCUCUGUGCAAAGUUAUUGAAGCACAUAUCAUAAUGAACUGUAUUCUGUGAUUUGUUUUAUUUAAAGUGACCACACAAGCUGGCUGUUUGGCUCAGCUCCACGUUUGUUGCAAAUAUUUUUUUUUUUUUGUGCCAAGGUUACAUUUUUGUCUGUUUUUUUUUUUUAUUUCCUCCUCGUUAGCCUCAUGACAUUUUUUUUUUUCAAACAUUUAAAAAAGGAGUUAGUUUCGUACAGUUCCAAGAGUCUGUUACUUGGAUUAGAACACCCAUGUUUGUUUUUCAUAAAUGCUGCGUGAUGAUUGCCCUGUGAACGAGACUGUGCAUUUAUUUACUGUCAGUGUCUUCUACCUUCCUUCAGUAUUGGCUGAGGUGCUCUGCAGAUGAGAACAAAGUGGAUUAUGAGAACAAAGCCUUUUAAAUCGCUCUAUUUGCCUUUUUUUUAAACCUGUUUUUGGAUGAAAUAAUUAAUGUUGAACUUGUUAAGCUGGAGAAAGGCUCACUUUUGUUUUGCAGUGAAGAGGAAGCAUAGAAGAGAAAAUACUGAAGUUUGGAACAUUCCUAUCUGUAAUACUGGAUCUGAUCUUUCUGAGACAUGUACAUGUGUACUAAUCCUUCAGUUCUGUAUGAUCGUUGUUAUUUAUGCAUAUCUGCGCAGACAGGAAAGUAAUUUUAGUAUCAUGAAUCAAGUUUGACAUUGGGAUUUGCUUUAGUUCCUCCUCUCUGGGGUAACACCUACAGAGAACACCAAAAUGUGAGAACAGUAUAAUAAAAUAAAUGUAUUCCUUUA